AUGAAAGUGACAACGAUACUACUGGUGUAUUUUGCGUCAUGGGUAGAGGCCCAUCCAGGUCUUCUGCUCUCGGAAAAAGUCGAGAACAAUUCGGAAAAAGAAAUAGUAGAGAAGCAAGAGGUGCCGAAUGCAUUAAUUGGAAAUUUAUUAUCAUUGAAGGAUAAAUUUAUACCACUGCAAAUGUUUGAAAAUAAAAAGUUAGGGGAAUUGGAGACACUUAAUAUAGCGCAGCAGAGUAUCGAGAAAUAUGCAGUUCCUCCGUCACCGAUAGCGUUCUUUUUUGAUAAGAACAAUUUCAUCAUUUCGGCGAUCUUAAACGUGAUUGGAACAGCCACAGAAGUGAUUGGAACAGCCAAAGAAGUGGUGCAAACAAUCAAAAACAAUAUUCAGAAAGUGAUAAAGUUGCCUUUCAUCGAGCAUGAAGAAAAGACAGCAGAAAGAAACAACUACAUAUUACUUUUUAAAGGAGCCAGUCUGGGCUUCGAUAAAAUUGAUUCUGCUCGGUUGAAAGGGCAUGAAUCAAGUGGUAAAGACGAUUCUCGACUAUCGACAGGAAUUGAAAGAAUCGAUAUAAACGAAGUGAAAGAAGGUUACAGCAACGGUUAUCGGAAAUCAACAGAAGGUGACGCAAAAGAAAUUGCCAGCGAAAAACACGUUAUUCACUCUGCUGAUUCUCCGGCAUCGUCGAAAGGGAAUGCAAAAACAGAUACCAGCGAGGGAAAACACUCGGAAGGGUCUCAGAUAUCAACGAAACUGGAAGAAAAAUCAACUAGCACAAAAAAGCAGAGUCAUUCCGCCGAAAAAGCUGAGAAAAAGUCGUUAACUAGCGCGAAAGAAGAGACUUCUCAAGGUCCGAUGAAUGUUACGGAAAAAAUAGCUGUCGAUGAGUAAAAAGACAAUUCGAAGAAGAGUAGAAGAA